GUGGGUGGGUUAGGCCAAUUUAAGGGGUUUUAGUGGGAGGUGGUAGGAGAAAGAGUGUGUGACCUAAAAAUAUACCUACAUAUGUAAAAAUAAAACAAAAGAAAUGAAAAACUUUGAAGUGAUAGAAUGGAAAGUGUUCCUGAGUCAAGAAAAAAGAGAUAAGAUAAAAAGGCACACACUAAAUUAGGUGAAGUGAUUUAGUCUUUUUAAUCUAAGCAUCUACGCUGGGCCGGGGCCAUGAAAUACAUCUAACAACUAAUUAGUUUGUAAUUUCACCUACACGGUGUGCUCCGUCUUGGAAGGUUAAAUAAUCGAUUGAUCAUUAAGGCAUAUGCCUGCCGUUGUGGCUAUCGUUGUCGCUGUCACUGUCGCAUGCGGGAAAAUGAAAAUAUAAGUGCCAAAGACCUUUCAGUUGUGUUUAUCAUUUGCAUGGUUGUUAGUUUCGUGUUGUUGUUGUUUUAACAAUCAUCAUAGGUAUUUAAUGAGCUUUAAGUGAAGAAGAGAGAAGUUUGCAGGCAAACAGCACAUCUCAUGCUGCUGAUGCCGGGACGGGAAUAUUUAAAUCAAUUUAUUAUUUACUGUACAAUAACCUAAAUAAACUGCAUUCGUAAACAUUGCGAGUGAUUGCUUGAGUUGUAUCAGACGUUUGCAAUGGAAUUGUACGAUUAGUCAGCAUUUCCAACAUAAAAUUAAGGUAUAAUAAACAAAAACACGCUAAAAUGCAAAAUGAAAAUAUUCGUCCAGGCAGUGAGCAUAUACCAUUAUGCUCGGUAACUGAUGUUCAACUGAGAUUUCUCUGUCCUGAUGAUCUAGGAGAAGUAAGAACUUUGUGCCAAGAUUGGUUUCCAAUCGAUUAUCCAUUAUCAUGGUACAUUGAUAUCACAUCUAGUUCUCGAUUUUUUGCUUUGGCUGCUGUUUAUAAUCUAGCAAUAAUAGGUUUAAUUGUAGCUGAAAUAAAACCCUAUGUUAAACUUAAUAAAGAAUUAAUUUCAUUUCAGGAUAAAGAUAUCUUACCAGAUUCAAUGGGACGCAAUGCUGAAGUUGGAUAUAUAUUGUCAUUGGGUGUCCAUAGAAAACAUCGACGCAAUGGAAUCGGUUCUUUGUUAUUGGAUUCGUUAUUGCAUCACUUAACAACAGACGAACGACACCAAGUUAAGGCGAUAUUUUUGCAUGUUCUUACAACAAAUCAACCUGCCAUUCUAUUUUAUGAAAAACGAAGAUUUCAUCUGCAUGCCUUCCUUCCAUACUACUACAAUAUCCGUGGCAAGGGAAAAGACGGAUUCACAUACGUGACUUAUAUCAAUGGAGGUCAUCCGCCUUGGUCCUUAUUAGAUCACAUCAAAAACUUAGGUUCAAAACUACGUGAAUCUGGAGGUAUUUGCCUUUGGAUGAUGACACGACUACGUCAGGCCUUCAGAUGGGUUUGCCAUAAAACAAAUCGUUUCAAUAUUGCCCAUUAAAAAAUCUUUAAAAUCAUCCCGAACCACAAACCGUAUUCAUCCUGGAUAAGAUUCAAAACAUUUUACAGAAUGAUUCUUUCGUGUUAAGUUAUACACCAACAAAAAUGUGAGACUUCAUUUCAAUUAAAAAAAGGCCAAAUUAAAACGAAAAAAAAAACAAAA